AUGCAUGUCCAUUUCUGCUGCUUACUCACUCUUAAACCCCAAGCGAUGGCAACCUUAAAACCUCACCAACCCCUUCAUCAUCAAAAUAUCAAAGAUCAAAGGCAAAAACGUAUCAUCUGCAAACUCAGAGACGCCCUUUUGACCCGUAUUGCCGCUUCAUCAGAACCCUCCAAACCCAUCAUCAACUCCGAGGGCCUUAAGUCCAACAUCGACCGCCGCCUCCGAGAGCUCAUCCCCACCGUCCACACCCCAACUCACCCUCCUUAUGCCUCGAUGAUACAGAGGGCAAUAGAGGAGUUGGAUGAGGACCGUGGGCUGAGUGAGGUGGCCAUAUCGGAGUUUAUCAAAAGGAAAUAUGAGGAUUUGCCAGUGGCGCAUGAGGGAUUUCUGAGGCAUCAUCUGAGGAAACUUUGUGAGAGUGGGGUGGUUGUGAAUUUGGAAGGUGGGAGGUACAAUCUUGUGGUUGAGGAGGGUGAUGAUGGGGGUGUGGUGGACAGAGAGUCUACGAGCGAAAGGUGGCCGGGGCGGGAGGAUAGAGGCGAAAUUGUUAGGAUGGAGGUAAAAAUGAAAGGGGAAGAAUGGCAAAGUGAGGUGAUGAGAAGACGUGAUGUACAAAAGCAAGAGCAUUUUGAGGGGAUUGAAAACAAAUGUGAAGCCCAAGGAAAGCAGAUGGAAGUGAAUGAGGGACAACUUGCGAUGGCAAGCAUGGAGUUGGAUGUGGAAGGGAGUUCGAAUAAAGAAGCAAUACUGGGAGAUGUUGAAUCUGAGGUGUAUGAAAAUGAAGUGAUACAAGGAAAUCAUCAUAGAGAAGAACAACAAAGUGGGGAAGUAUAUAAGCAAAACGAACCACAAGCUCAAGAAAUUGAGGUAAUUGAAAAUCAUUUUCAACCGCAAGCUGGGAAAGUUAGAGAGAUUGGAGAGAGAGUCCAAGGGCAAGAUAUUGAAGUCAGAACUAAGAUAUUGGAAUUAUGUUGCCAUGGUGAUGAGAACUUGAAAACCCAAGGUGAUGUGCCUCUUGCUGAUCGGUUCCAGCAAUCACCACUUCAAGGCCAAGAAAAGCGACGUCCAGGGAGGCCUCGUAAGCCUAGAAAAGGUAUAGAAAGUACUAGGGCAUUGGUACUCUUAGCUCCUGAAAUUCAUCAUGAGGAAGAGCCACCAAAGCGUCGAGGGAUGCCUCGUAAAGCUAAAAAAGAUAUGGAUGUAAGUACUAGGGCAUUGAUGCCAUGUGGUGGUCCUCAACAUCAUGAUGAGGAGCAGCCACCAAUGCUUGGAGACAGGCCUCGUAAAGCUAAAAAGAAUAUGGAUGUAAGCAUUUCGGCAUUGCUACCCUCUGAUCCUGAACGUCAUGAUGAGGAGCAGCCACCAAGGCGCCGAGGAAGGUGCCCUAAACCAAAGCCAGAUUCAGAAACAAGUUUGGCAGUUGUAUCAUGCUCAGAUAAGCAACAGCAGCAGCAACCACAGUACAGAGGCAGAGGGAGGCCUCCUAAACCAAAACCAAAACCAAAUUCAGAAAUAAGUCUGGCAGUUGUAUCAUGCUCAGAUAAGCAACAGCAGCAGCAACCACAGUGCAGAGGCAGAGGGAGGCCUCCUAAACCAAAACCAAAACCAAAUUCAGAAACAAGUCUGGCAGUUGUAUCAUGCUCAGAUAAGCAACAGCAGCAGCAACCACAGUACAGAGGCAGAGGGAGGCCUCCUAAACCAAAACCAAAUUCAGAAACAAGUCUGGCAGUUGUAUCGUGCUCAGAUAAGCAACAGAAGCAGCAACAGUACAGAGGCAGAGGGAGGCAUCCUAAACCAAAAUUAGAUGCAGAAAAUGCUAAGAACCCACCGGAGACCCCUCAGAUUGAGCAGUUGCAACGAAAGCGUCGAGGUCGGGGAAGGCCUUCAAAAUUGCAAUGA